UUCUCCUCACAUAUCCAUAUCACAGAACAUGACUUUGAUGGCUCAGAUGGCUCCCAAUUUCUAGACCCACCAUCACAAACUCACAACCAUCAACUCCCAAACAAAAAAUCAGCACAACAUUGUUUUCCCAAACACCCCUUUACUUCAUUUUCCACUCUCCUUCCUCUUUCAAUCUCUUCCAUCACUUUGGUCUCAACACAUGUACCACUGUACUUGUAUUACCACUUUCGUCAAAAACAUGUUAGCUAGGAGAAUUCAAACAUGAUCAACCUAACACGUGCUGAUUCCCCACUCCAUCAACCUUAACACAACUUUUGCAGUUGUGCCACCCUACAAGUUUUUGAUCCAUUGGUCAACUUUUAUCAGAGUCGUAAACGAACCGAGCUGUUUACGAGAAAAAAUAUUGUAUUCUGAGAAACUGAUCAGGGUUUGACUAUGUUUUGGUUUUAGUUAAUUACGAGGGUUGUAAAUGAACAGAGUCGUUUACGAGAAAAAAAUAAAUUUACUAGAAAAUUGAUGAGUGUGUGAUUAUUUUUUGAUUUUAGUUUAGUUAGAAGGGUUGUAAACGAACAGAACUGUUUGUGAAAUUUACGAGAAAUUUAUAAGUGUUUUGUUUAGAGCUGGUGUGAUCAUUUUUACAUGGAGUUGUUGAAUAGUUGCGAGGUUUCUCGUGGUAGUUCCAACAUGAAGGCGUCAACUUCAAAUUUGAGCAAUGGUUUUUUAAGUCUAUGUUCUCCGGCGACGAUCGGGGAAUCAUCGCCGAAGAUUGUGGCCGGUGAUGAUGGCUACGUGUUUGAAGAUGUUCCACAUUUUUUGGAUUACAUUCCUAAGGCUACUGUAGAAGUCUGGUGUAUUGGCGUGAUAAAUCUGGGUAAAAUGACAUAUGCUAAACUAUUUGGAGGAUACAGAGGUUUCUACUCCAGAAACACAAUUCCUUUAACCCCAAAGGUUGUCAACAACAUACAUAAACGGGGUGGAACCAUAAUUGGGACAUCCCGUGGUGGCCAUGAUACCAAAAAAAUAGUCGAUUGCAUUCAGGAUCGAAAAAUUAAUCAGGUUUAUAUUAUUGGAGGAGAUGGAACACAAAAAGGGGCAGCAGUGAUUUUUGAGGAGAUUAGAAGGCGUGGUCUCAAAGUUGCAGUUGCUGGAAUUCCAAAAACCAUUGAUAAUGACAUUCCAGUUAUUGAUAAAUCCUUUGGCUUUGAUAGUGCUGUUGAGGAAGCUCAACGUGCUAUAAAUGCAGCACAUGUUGAAGCUGAAAGUACUGAGAAUGGUAUCGGGCUAGUCAAGUUGAUGGGUCGCUACAGCGGGUUUAUUGCAAUGUAUGCUACUCUUGCUAGCCGUGAUGUUGACUGUUGUUUGAUCCCAGAGUCACCGUUUUAUCUUGAAGGAAAGGGUGGGCUCUUUGAAUAUAUAGAAAAACGGCUCAAAGAAAAUGGGCAUAUGGUUAUUGUCAUAGCUGAAGGUGCAGGACAAGAACUCCUUUCUGGAAGUUUAAAAACGACUGACCAGCGGGAUGCUUCUGGAAACAACCUUCUACAAGAUGUUGGAAUUUGGAUAUCUCAAAAGAUUAAGGAUCACUUCUCCAAACAAAAGAAGAUUGGACAGCAAAAGACGACCAUCAACCUCAAAUACAUAGAUCCUACUUACAUGAUCCGGGCUAUUCCUAGCAAUGCAUCCGACAACGUGUAUUGCACGCUUCUAGCCCAAAGUGCUGUUCACGGAGCAAUGGCUGGUCACACAGGCUUUACAGUUGCAUCUGUCAAUGGCAGACAUGCUUACAUACCCUUCCAUUGUAUUACUGAGAAACAAAACAAGGUUGUGAUAACAGAUAGGAUGUGGGCUAGGCUCCUUUCCUCAACACAUCAACCAAGCUUUUUAUCACCAAAGAUCCUUGCAAAACAGCAAGGGUGAAUGAUCAUUGUUAGGUGAAAGCAAUGUAGAUAAGCUGGUCAAUAAGGAUGAAUGAUCAUUAUUUGGUUGCUUUGUAUGGCUCUCAGCUCUGCAGGCAACUUCAUCAAUUUCUUCACAUUCCUGUAGUUUUCCUUUAUUACUUUUAUGCUGGAAGGCCGCUUGCAUGGCAAAUCUUUGUAUACCGAGGUGUUGUAUAUUGUGACGGAAUCACUCAAAAUUCAAUAAGAAAAAUGUGAAGUUAAGCAAAAA